AUGUCCCGGCCAGAAGACCAGGGGCCAGCUGAACUCUACUAUGGCGAUGCAGAAGCACAGAAGUACACGAACAACUCCAGAAUACAGAAAAUCCAAGCAGAAAUGACACACCGAGCCUUGGAACUUUUGGCCUUGCCACCCGACCAACCCCUCUUUCUGCUCGACAUUGGCUGCGGCUCCGGUCUUUCAGGGGAAAUUCUCGACGAGCUGGGAUAUAUUUGGGCGGGUGUCGAUAUUGCCCCUAGUAUGCUCCAGGUCGCUUUGGAGAGAGAGGUCGAAGGGGAUCUAUUCCUUCAAGAUAUCGGUCAAGGGUUUGGAUUCCGACCCGGUAGCUUUGAUGGAGCAAUCAGUAUCUCUGUACUACAGUGGCUUCUCACCUCCCCAUCUUCACAUCCCAACGAUACCCCGCCUGCACGCUUGACGCGCUUCUUCACGACACUCUACGCCGUACUUCGGAAUCCCUCUCGUGCAGUCUUUCAGUUCUAUCCUGAAACCGAUGAUCAGAUCACAUUGAUCACUACUAUUGCGCGAAAAGCCGGCUUCGGUGGUGGAAUUGUCGUCGACUAUCCCAAUUCACGCAAGGCACGCAAAGUGUUCCUCUGUCUCAUGGUUGGCAGUGGUCGAUACCCCGGGGCAAAUACGGAAGAAUCCAGCAGUAUGGACGUCGAUAAUGAAGGCUUACCACGAGGUCUCAAUGGCGAAGAUCCCAACGAGGAGAAACGAAAUGUCACAUUUGAACGACGGCGAGCUCGUGAAAGACUCCAUGGUAAGAAGAAGAAGAAAGGCGGGAUUGACAAGGAGUGGAUUUUGAAAAAGAAAGAGGUUCGUUUCCCCGCAAAGGUCAUGGCCACUCCUGAGCGCUUGAACAGUUGUAUCGCCAAAGGGGCAAACAAGACGUUCCAAACGAUUCCAAGUACACUGGUCGCAGACGCAAGCCGGGUUCGCAACUGCAGUCAACCUGCCCUUUCUUCAAUAGAUUCAGAUGCACGAUCUUCUGCUUCAAUCUGCUCGAGCCCAGACGAUGCUCCCCCAUUGCCUGACUCCCAAGAAUACCGAAACGCAUACACCAAGUUUCUCAUCAACUACCCUCAAUAUACCAAGACUCGACCAUUAGAUACGCUAAGGGAGCAAGAAUUUACUCGGCUGACCAACAGCAAGAUUGUCUACAUGGACGCCACCGGUGCAAGCCUUUACCCAGAGUCGCUCGUCCGUGGGCACUUGCAGCUACUUUCUCAAACUGUCUUUGGAAACACCCACUCCGAUAGUCCUUCAUCUCGAGAGUCCGAGGUUCAACUCCGCGCAGCACGGAGUGCAAUCUUAUCAUACUUCGAGGCACCAGAGUCCGAGUACGUUUGCAUAUUCACAGCAAAUUGCACUGGUGCCCUCAAGCUCGUUGGGGAGUCGUACCCUUUCACCUCGAACGGUCGGUUUGUUCUUGCCGAAGACAGCCAUAAUAGUGUCAACGGGAUUCGAGUUUUCGCCGAGCGCGCCGGGGCAUCAGUACAUUAUGUUCCUUCGACCCGCUUUGGGGGCUUUGACGAGAUGUCCAUGCAGGAGGCACUCAAGGGCAGUCCAUCUGGUGCUUCUCUCGUGGCGAUUACUGGCCAAUCCAACGUCACGGGAUAUCGUCCACGCCUCGUAGAAGUGGUGUCAAGCGCCAAGAAGGCAGGCUACGACGUUCUUUUGGAUGCCGCGGCGCUUGCGUCUACGGCACCGAUAUCCUUGGGCUCCACAUCUGACAAAGGCAAGGGGCUCAGGGGCCGAGUGGACGCGAUGGCGAUCAGCUUUUACAAAAUGUUUGGAUAUCCGACUGGUGUUGGGGCGCUCAUUGCUCGCAAAGACUUUUUGGAGAGGCUGAGAAAGCCGUGGUUUGCAGGCGGAACCGUCGAGGUGGUUGGAUUCCCAACUGGUGUGACGGAGACGGCCGUCCAAUGGGAGCGAUUCGAAGAGGGUACCACGAAUUACACAAGCAUCUCUGCCAUCCCAAGGGGUUUAGGCAUUUUAUCCCCGUUUGUCAAAGGAAAAGAUCCGGUCCUCCCACUCCGACUAUCAGCCCUUCACAAAUGGCUACACCGCGCAUUGCAAUCUAUCGUACACAGCACUGGGCUUCCCGUCGUCCACAUACUCACCAUGGAUCCGGAGCAUAUAAACCCUCAGUCCGACUCGAUGGGCUACAUCCUCUCGAUGACCUUCCACAACCGAUAUGGUAUUCGAAUUCCCAAUUGCGUAGUCUCGCAACGUGCCGACAAGUGUGGUCUCUCGCUUCGGACUGGCUGCGUCUGCAACCCAGGAGGCGUGAUUGCCAUCAUGAAUCUACGCGACAAGUUGUGGAUGCUCGAAGGUGGACUGAGAUACCAAGAGAUUGAAGCUAGGAUGGGUGUGGAUGCUGGUGUCGUCCGUCUCAGUCUUGGGAUCACCAGCUCAUUCCGCGAUGUCUUUGAAACUGCGCAGGCAUCUGGCAUUGCGCUCCUCAGCCGGUUGUCGGCGCUUGAAACCGCUUUGACCUCGACCACCCUUUUGUAUUACAUAAUCACGGCCAUGGAUGCCUCUGCAGCGCUUGCCGAGGCUCUAAUGGUUCCUCCAAUAAUCUCAGAAAUCGAUACAGCGGGCCUUGCACUCCUUUCGCAGGUCCUGAUGGACGAGCCCGCCGAUUCAGCAGACGCUAUCAUUUCAAUGCCUUUACCGGAGCCACUUCCGCCCGAAAAGGACACUUUAAACGUUGCCAAACCGAUAGGAAGCGAGGAAAAGGAGCACAUCACUGUGGUCACAGCGGAAACGACAGAACCACUGGCCUUUGAACCCAUCUCUGGGUUAUUGCCACCAGCUACUUUGGAGGACGUCGGUGACUUGGCUGCGAAAGAUGAAUUCGCAGUCGAAGAGUCGCUUGGAGAUGAGAAAAUGGCUAAAAAUCCACUCUCAACUCUUCCAGCGGCUCAGGGCGGUGACAUAGCCGCUUAUUUCGCCUUGGAAUUCCUCGACCUGCAGUACAUCUACUAUCUACAACGUUCUUCCGUGUCUCUUGGACGAUCUUCCAACGAUUCGUCUGGGACAGCCGCCGACAUCGACCUCGGACCUUUGAAGAACAUUUCGCGACUUCACGCUCGCAUCGAGUAUGAAGAGGAGCUCGAGCGAUUCGUCCUUGCCGUCGUCGGUAGAAAUGGCGCGUUUGUCGACGGAAACUGGUACGGUCCUGGCAAACGAAUACCCUUGGGCAACGGUACCCUUAUUCAAAUUUCGACUCGCACGUUUCAUUUUUUACUCCCUCAUAGCAACACACCUUCGGCCUCUGGCGAUGGCAAUGUGGAAAACGAUAUGGACAACGAAGUGCCGGCUCUGGACAGCGCCGUUACCACUGUUGACGACGAUUCGCAUUCAACCAACGCAUCUGCCACUCCAAAACAGGGAGUCGUCAUUCCUGAGCAUGAACCCGACGAAGAGGAUGAUCUUGCACUCGACGAAGAAAAUGCUGCGCUGGAUCAAAUGGAGUUUUACCGGUCGCUUAGUGGCAAAGGGAAGGGAAAGGGCAAAGGAAAGGCACCUACAGCUCCUCCCAAGCGAGGAAGAGGUCGUCCUCGCAAGUCGUCCACUGCGACCAAAGUGAAACCAGCACCAGCAUCGUCCUAUACAUACGACGACGAAGAGGAAGUCGACUUGCGCGCUGCUGAUAUGGACGACUUUGAGAGCGAAAUUGAUGACGAGGACGAUCGAGACGGGGACUUUGUGCCCAAGCGCACAAAAAGUGGUGGCCGCCGGCGGGGAGGACUGGGCAAAGUGAAGAGUGGGACAACUGCCAGAGCUGUUCGGACAUCGGUCGACGCGGUGGAGGUCAAGGACGAGGAAAUGUCUGACGCUGAAAUCGAUCAACUUGAUGAGGCAGACGAGUUACAGGAGAAUGAUGCCGGAACUGAAGCGCUUUCUCCGACGGCAGAAAAGAAGUCUGCUCCCAAAAGAAAGCGAGAACUCGUUGAUCUCGAUUUUGAGGACGUGCCCCUUGGCAAGCGCAGACGCACGGCGAGUUCAUCUGCGCCCACAGAGGCCAAUAAAGCGCCAAAGCAGCCCAAGGGUCGAAAGAAGGGAUCUAGCAAGCCAGAGAUGAAGAGCCUCUUCACGACCACUCCCGCACCUCUUCCGUCGGCAUCAGCAGCAGCGAAUGCAGAAAAUGGCGAGGCGGAUCUGGGCGACAAGGCCAAGGGAGGGAAGAAAGGCAAGGCCAUCGCGAAGAAAGGCAAGAAGACGACUGGGAAUGGAACUGAAGAUCAAGAUGAGCUCAAAGAGGACGAAUCAGAGUCGAAAGAGGUCAAGGAAGAGCCAAAACCGACAGGACCGCCACCGCCAAAGCCACCGUUUACGUAUCCAUUACUAUGCUAUCGAGCUCUCAAGGCUUUGAAUGGCAAAGCUCCAUAUCGUGCUAUCACCAAAUGGCUAGAAACUGAGUAUCCUUAUUUUGCUGCCGCAACAAGAGACGGGAAGGACGGGUGGGAAAACUCGACUCGACACACCUUGUCCUCACAUCGAGCGUUUAUCAAGAUUGAUAGAAAGCCCGAAGAACGUGGCAAAGGCUGUUUUUGGAGCUUUGACCCCGAGUUUGAGGAGCAGUUCAAGGACCAAUGGAGGGCAUCCGAGAGCCAGGCUCGUAACCCAAGACCUGGUCCUCGACCACCAAAUCCUCCUCCGCCGUUUCAAGGAGCGCCUGGCAUGUACCCAAGACCCCCAUUUCCUGGACCGCCUCCCAUGGGUUGGCAAGGAGUCACCCCGCCGCACUUGAUGCCUGGAUAUCGACCGAUGCCACCAGGCGUUCCAGGCCCUGCGUAUCCAUAUUCAUCUAUGCCUCGUCCUCCAGGCAUGAUGCCGCACCCCCUUGGUCCACAUCCACCCCCUAUGCGCCCGAUGAUGGGACCUCCUCCGCUUGGUGGACCCAUUCCGCCCGGCGCCAGCGCCGCAGCUGCGAAAGCUCGAGCACCCAAGAAGUCAAAGGCGGCAUUGGGAGCGGCAUUCAGCCGAGCUCCGCUAAUACGGCCUGGACUUGGUGGUGUACCGUCCAAGCCUGGUGAAUCCUCCACGGGAGAUGGUGGCGUAGAUGAGCUCGUACUCCGAGGCGAGCAUAUCAUUAGGAUGGCUACUCGUGCGGCAAAGGAUGAGCUCUUGGGACGUGCUCCCCCUGGAAUGGGUAUCGCGGUUGCUACAGGUGGUUGGGGAGUUGGAGGUUUCCCACCUCCUAUCCCAGUUCAUGGCGCGAAGGGACCAGGAAAGCAUCCAAUAUCCAACGCUAGGCCGACUGCGAGCCAAAAGAUCAAGUUUGUCUUAUCGGAACCUCCCCCAGAAGCUCCUGUGCCCAUGGCACCCCCUGUUCCGAUGAACCAGGCGAAGCCUGAUGCAUCAGAUGGUGGUGAAAAGGAAAAGCCUGUACCAAGACCCCUGGUCGUCCCACUCCUUUUUUUCAGCGGCACGUUGUACAUCAACCCGAAGGCGUACUCGCAACUGGACGAGGAAGACGUCACAAAGAUGAACGGCAUGACAUUCGCAGAUGCAAUGGCACAUGUCAUGGCCAAAUGUGCUCCGAUUCCUGCGCCUUCGCGAACCCCAGCGCCGAACACCAAAGUCUCUGGGGACAAGGAUGAGGAAAAGGAGGAAGACGAGGACGAGGCCUCUCAAUCACCCAUCGUAGACUCCCCUGCUGACGAUGGUGAAGGAUUCUUGCGACAGCUUCCAACUUGA